AUGCGUUGGAUAACGAUACCAUCCGGCUCGCUGCCUGUGCUCUGGCUGGCCGCCAGCCAGGUCAUGGCAGCGUGCCCAUAUGCAGACAAGCUGGAAGUUCGGUCCGACAAGAUCGACCCGAUGUCCAACUCAUAUCCUCAUGUGUCUGAUACCAGCUUACGGGGCAAGAGAGCCGAAGGCAAGAAGGGCGUAUUUUUUAUGAACCGUAUCGGCCCCUCCGCAUCAACUCUCUAUGUGGCCAAUUCCGAUGGCAGCAACGAGCGAGCCUUACUUCCAGCGAACCAAUCUAUCUUUGAGUAUCAUGGCCACUUCUCUCCAGAUGGCCAAUAUGUCACAUUCACAUCGGAGCGAGAAGAUGGUAAUGCGGACAUAUAUCGCAUAAAUAUUGAUGGAACUGGGAUGACCCCGUUGGUAAAUACUCCGUCGCUUGAAAAUGACGGGGUGUUGUCUCCGGAUGGCACACAGUUGGCAUACGUAUCUACUGCCAAUGGAUACGUCAGUAACAUCUGGGUCAUGGACCUAGAAACUGGCGUGGCAAAAAACUUGACCAACACGGCCGACACGGUGGGUGCACCGACCGAGGAGAGCCCAGACGGCCACUAUCGUCCCGCAUGGAGUCCCGAUGGCGAGUGGAUUUUAUUUUCUUCGGAUCGAAACACGGAUUGGACAGGUCACAACAACGGAACGGGCUGGGAGCACACACAGGAGCUUUCUAUCUACGCCAUCAGGCCCAACGGCUCAGAUUUCAGGCAGGUCGUCACCAAGAGCGGGUAUUCAUUGGGAUCACCCACUUGGUCCCCCGACGGGGCCCGUGUUGCCUUCUAUGAAAUAACACGCGAGAAUACAUAUAACUGCCACCGACCUGAGGACAUCAACAGCACUACAACGCAGAUUGUGUCUGUCGAUUUCGCCACGGGUACAGACCGCAUCGAGCACACGUCUGGCGCAGGAAACAAGUUCUCGCCGCAAUGGGUGACCAACUCGUCACUGGGAUACAUAGUCAAGGGUGUCGAAACCGAAGGUCUGAACUAUACUGCAUACACCAGCACACACCAGCAGUUUGUGAGCAGUGUCCGCAACCCACACUGGUCUCCCGAUGGUACACAGGUCGUCUACGAACGCACCGGCUGGGACAUCCGCCCUCUGGAAAAGAAGCUUUACAGCUGGCAAGAUGACUGGGAGUACCGGCAUAUGGACGUGUUUCCAUUGCUUUCGAAGACUGGCCGCCUUGUGUACACAGCCAAGCAGACAGGCAGUCAGAACUCGUCUGUCGUGCACAGCAAGCCCGAUGGGUCUGAUAUGUUCCUGGCUUUCGACUCGUACUCCACAAACCAGCUGAACUCCACAUUCAUCAACCAAGGAUUAGCCGGUUCCUUCCAGCCUACAUGGAGCCCCGAUGAGGAGUGGAUCGUCUUCAGUCUGGGCUAUUGGUUUUUCGAACGUGCCAUCUACACGGGCUACCUUUACAGAGUCACGGCCAACGGCAGCCACUACGAGCAGCUUACUGAUGGAAGCCACAACGCCGGGUUCCCAAGCUACUCGGCCGACGGCACGCAAGUUGUCUACCGUGCCUGGGACUGGGAGAAUGGUCCUCUAGGCCUCAAGGUCAUGAACCUCACGGACAAAUCCGUAAGAAACCUGACCGACGGCUGGGACAACACCCCAGGAUGGUCGCCUGACGGUACUAAGAUCGUCUUCACCCGUCAAACCAACUGGACCGCUGAGUAUGGCGGCCGUUGGGAAUCGGACCGGUUCGAAAUAUGUACUGUCAACCCGGACGGCACCGACGUCCAGGUUCUCACAACUAGCGGUGCCAACGACGCGCACGCUGUGUGGACCGCGGACAACCGGAUCAUGUGGAGCAGUGGCAUGUAUGGGUUCAGGGAUGAGUGUGCGACUUACGACGAUACAUUCCAGCCCUACGGCCAGAUUAUGAUCAUGGAUAAGGACGGCAGCAACAAGGAGAUGCUGACGGAUUCGAUGUGGGAGGACUCUAUGCCGCUGUUUGUCCCAAAUGAGUUUUUGGAAUGA